AUGACCGCCUCUUCUAACCCGCGCCAGUACACCGCCGCUGACCGUAUCGGAUGGGACCGUUAUGCGGCCCAGUUCCGGGCGUUCUUGAACGGCACCGCGCCGUACCCAGGUGAUCCGCCAGAAGGCUACCGCGAGGUCUACCGACUCUCGCAGCACUUCGCGCCGUUGCCCGAAGAGUAUUCUUCUCGCGUGCUUGAAGCGCAGCGUGCGCACCGUCGCGACAACACCGAGGGUACGCUGCAGUCGAACGCUACGACCGGCGAAGGUGGCCGCAACCCGACCGCUCCUACGACCGGUGUCACGAUGACCGACCGCGCGUUCAACACUUUCAUGGAAAAUCAAUCUCGCAUGCAACAGCAGCUGUUGCAACUCACCUCUUCGAACCGCGUGCGCGCGGAAUACAGCGCUCCGGCACCGUUCCACGAACGCGGCCGCUUCAAGUCCGCAGGCCGAGGUGGUCGUGGUGGACGUGGAGGUGGUCGUGGCGGACGGGGAGGUCUUCGCGGCCGCCUUGCGCCGCCUGGUCGUGGUCAGAACGAAGGGCCUGGGGGCGGUGAACGCUCUGAGAACGCUCGAGAGCGUCGCAGCCGCCGACGCCAGCGCGCGCGUGCGCAGCGUCGUGAGAGUACUGCGGGAGAGGCUUCGCAGGCGUCCGGGAGUGGUUCUAACUCCCAGGAGGUGACCGGUCAGGAACAGGUUGACCAAGCCGAAAACAAAGUCUUACCGGAGGAAUUCAACGACCCCGACCUCUUGAUGGCCGACGACUUCGACGACGAGGACGCGUCGCGCAUGUAG